UUUAUAUGUGCCUAUGUGAAUAAGUGCCUUUCUUAUUAGGUAUUUUAAUUGGUAAUUAGCUGUAUAAUAAGGAUAUAAAUUCGGGAUACAAUGCUUACCGUUAACAAAGUUUUAAACUCCAACAAUUUACAUAUAAAAAAUGUAACUGUGAUUCGAAACAUUACAAAAAAAGUGAAAAAUGUAAGAGAUGUAGGUUAUCAAUAUUUACAAAGAAGUAAAGUCCCCACAAUGCAUUUCCAAAAGUCAUUACCGCGCUUGCCCAUCCCGGAAUUAAAUAAUACUCAAGAUAGAUAUUUAAGUGCAUUGAAACCUUUACUUACCAAUGAGCAAUACUCUGAAGCUGUCAAAAGAACUAAUAGUUUUGUAACAAAUGAGGGUAAAGAAUUACAGAGAAAACUUGUUGCUAAGGACAAAGCUAAUAAACAUACCAGUUAUAUCUCGGAUUACUGGUUUGAUAUAUAUCUAAGAGAUCGUGCUCCAUUGCCAAUCAAUUAUAAUCCCCUUUUGGUAUUUCAAAAUGAUACUAGGCCAGAAUAUAAUGAUCAGCUGAUAAGAGCAACUAAUCUACUAGUAAGUGCUGUAAGAUUUAUGUUGUCUCUAAGAGAACAAAUUCUUGAACCUGAAGUAUUCCACUUGCAACCCAAAAAAAGUAACACUUCUUUAUUCAGAACUAUUACUGGUUUACUUCCAGAAAAUUUAUCAUGGUAUGGUGCAUAUUUAUUAGGGGCUUUUCCUUUGGACAUGAGUCAGUUUGGAGGUUUAUUUAAUGCAACUCGUCUGCCUUUGUUAAAUAAAGACAAAAUUUUCAAAGAUCCAACUUGUAAUCAUGUGGUUGUUCAGAAAAAUGGAAAUUUUUACAUCUUUGAUGUAUUAGACUCUGAUGGCAAUAUUUUAUCACCUUCUGAAUUUUUGGGAAAUUUAUCAAACAUUAUUAAUGAUAAUUCUCCAAAAGCCACCUACCCAUUAGGAAUACUGACUAGUCAAAAUAGAAAUGAAUGGGCUAAUCAACGGAAACAUUUAGAAGAAACUGGAAAUCAUGAAUUAUUAAGAAAAAUUGAUUCUGCUAUUUUUAAUUUAGUAUUAGAUGAUUUCAUUAUUGGAGAUAAUAAACAUAGAAUAUUGACACAAUUUUUACACGCAGAUGGGCUAAACAGAUGGUUUGACAAAUCAUUCAGUAUGAUAGUGACUAAAGAUGGUGUGUCUGGUAUUAACUUCGAACAUUCAUGGGGUGAUGGAGUUGCAGUUCUUAGAUUCUUCCAAGAUAUUUAUACAGAAACUACAACUAAUCCUUUUAUAAACCCAGAUACAAAGCCUUCAAAUAACAAUAUUACAGUUAAAAAGUUAGAAUUCAACAUUGAUGAUAAAUCAAAGAGUUUUAUUGAGAAGGCCAAAAUGGAAUACAAGGAUUGGUGUGAUUCUUUAAGCAUUGACUAUAUUUUAUAUGAAGGUUUAACAAAAGGAGCUUGUAAGAAAUUUAAAGUUAGUCCUGACUGUAUAAUGCAGCUUGCAUUUCAGGCUGCAUAUCACCUUAUAAACGGUAAAUUUGUGGGCACAUAUGAAUCUUGUAGUACAUCUGCCUUUAAGCAUGGACGAACUGAAACAAUGCGACCUUGUACUGAUAAAACAAAGGCAUUUUGUGAAAUACUCCACUCAAACAAACCAUCAUAUCAAGAACUUCGUUCAAUAAUGCAAGAGUGCUCUUCAUAUCAUUCGGUAUUAGUGAAGCAGGCAGCUAUGGGUCAAGGGUUCGACCGUCAUAUAUUUGCAUUAAUGAAGAUAGCAGAAGAGAACAACAUGCCAAAACAUGAGCUAUAUGACUCUUAUGAAUAUAAGUUCCUGAAUAAAUCAAUUCUAAGUACUAGCACUUUGUCCGCGCCUAGUGUUUUGGCUGGAGGUUUUGGUCCUGUCGCUAAAGAAGGAUUCGGCAUUGGGUACUCUGCUUUUCCUGAUAAGCUUGGAGCAGCCGUAGCAAGCUAUAAAGCUCAUAACAACAGCACUCAGUUUGUCGAAGCUUUACAUAAGUCGUUUGUUGAUAUUACAAAAAUUUUAUCGGGAUAGUAGAAAUAAUAUAUUUAUUUUUAUAAAGCAGAAAUGUUUAAAGCAAUUAAUAAUGUAAUUAUUUUUAAAAUUUUUGACAAUCGUUUUGAUUGUCUGCAUUAUAUAUAGGGCUUAAUCAAAUUCCAAACUA